UGGGGCCAACCCCGUGCAGAGAUGCCCCCGAUGGCCUCGGACCCCGGGCCACCCGGGAAAGCGGCCUGGACAGUGGCCGACCUCUUGCGCUUCUCCCCCCCUCCCUGCUCCCCAGCCCCGCCUCCUCGCCGCCCAGCCUGGCACCGCUACCGCCUCUCGGAAAGCAUGAAGGGCCUGCUGGUGGCUCUCCUGGGGGGCGGCGUGCCCGCCGGCUUCGUAGCACCUUUCACCCGCAUGGCCAACGAAGCCUCGGGGAUCCCCUCCCUGGAGAUCCUGCUCUUCCGCUGCAUGCUCCACCUGCUGUUCGCCUGCUACCUCCGCUGCCAGAAGGCACCCUGCUUUGGGCCCCGGGAGGCCCGCCAGCGCACCCUGCUCCACGCCUCCAUCAACGUCAUCUCCAUCGGCUGCGCCUACAGCUCCUUCAUGGUGGUGCCCAGUGGCAACGCGGCCACGGUCCGCAAGGGCUCCUCCACCAUCUGCUCGGUCCUGCUGGCCUUGUGCAUCGAGAACGGCCGCCUGACAGGCUAUGACUGGUUCGGGCUGGUGGGGAGCACCCUGGGCUUGAUCAUCAUGGUGGUCCCGGACUUGUUGAACUUGGACAAGAGCACCCAACUCUACGACACCUUUGGCUACGUCUUGGCGUGCCUGGGAGGGAUGGCCUUGGCCCUGGGCCUGGUCAUCUUCCGAGCGCUGGACUUCCCGGCCAAGCUGGUGACCGUUGCCUUCCUCUUUGGUGUGGUGGGUAGCCUGGUGUGCUCGCCCGUGAUGUUCCUCCUCCAGGACCCUGUGAUGGUCCUGGAUCCUUUGACCUGGACAUGUGUGGUGGCCAUCAGCUUCCUGGCCCUCGUCUCCUUCUUGUGUGCCAGUUACGCAGUGACAAAAGCACACCCAGCGCUGGUGUGCGCUGUCUUGCACUCGGAAGUGGUGGUGACCCUGGCUGUGCAGUACUAUGUGCUGCGUGAGGCCGUCACACCCUUUGACAUCAUGGGAGCAGGGGUCAUCCUGGGCAGCAUCGCCAUCAUCACAGCCCAGAACAUCAGCUGUGAUCCGGCGGAGGAGGAGGAGGGACUGAUUGCACAGCUGAAAGGGAUCGAGUAGGCAGAGGGCGGAGUUGGUGAAAGCGGGCACCGACCACACCGGACCGAGAUGGGGAUGCCAGGAACAAGACCAGCCAAGGCUGUGGCAGCCUGGAAGUGCCCCUCCCGCGGCCAUAUCUGGGGCUCACUGAAGAGACGGCAAAUUGUGGUACCGCAGAAGCCUUCACGCCGCAAAAUCUUGCAGGCGUCGGGGGC